CCCUCCCCACUGGACUUAAAAUCUCAACCCUCCUCCAAACUAUUUCAAGCUUUUCUUCCUCUUCCUCUCUUCGUCGGCAUACCUGAUUCAAGCAAUCUCCUGCCACUUUCACAUUUCUAGCGCAAAGUCGCCAGUCAGCACAUCAACCGUCAAAAUGGGCAAGGAGGACAAGACUCACAUCAACGUCGUCGUUAUCGGCCACGUCGAUUCCGGCAAGUCCACCACUACCGGUCACUUGAUCUACAAGUGCGGUGGUAUCGACAAGCGUACAAUCGAGAAGUUCGAGAAGGAAGCCGCUGAGCUCGGCAAGGGUUCCUUCAAGUAUGCCUGGGUUCUUGACAAGCUCAAGGCCGAGCGUGAGCGUGGUAUCACCAUCGAUAUCGCCCUCUGGAAGUUCGAGACUCCCAAGUACUACGUCACCGUCAUCGAUGCCCCCGGUCAUCGUGAUUUCAUCAAGAACAUGAUCACUGGUACCUCCCAGGCUGAUUGCGCUAUUCUCAUCAUUGCCGCCGGUACUGGUGAGUUCGAGGCUGGUAUCUCCAAGGAUGGCCAGACCCGUGAGCACGCUCUGCUCGCCUACACCCUCGGUGUCAAGCAGCUCAUCGUUGCCAUCAACAAGAUGGACACCACCCAGUGGUCCCAGACUCGUUUCGAGGAGAUCAUCAAGGAGACCAAGAACUUCAUCAAGAAGGUUGGCUACAACCCCGCUGGUGUCGCUUUCGUCCCCAUCUCCGGCUUCAACGGCGACAACAUGCUUGAGCCCUCCACCAACUGCCCCUGGUACAAGGGUUGGGAGAAGGAGACCAAGGCCGGCAAGGCCACUGGCAAGACCCUCCUCGAGGCCAUCGACGCCAUUGAGCCCCCCAAGCGUCCUACCGACAAGCCCCUCCGUCUUCCCCUCCAGGAUGUCUACAAGAUCGGUGGUAUCGGCACAGUGCCCGUCGGCCGUAUCGAGACUGGUGUCCUCAAGCCCGGUAUGGUCGUUACCUUCGCUCCUUCCAACGUCACCACUGAAGUCAAGUCCGUCGAGAUGCACCACGAGCAGCUUGCUCAGGGUGUCCCCGGUGACAACGUCGGCUUCAACGUGAAGAACGUUUCCGUCAAGGAUAUCCGCCGUGGUAACGUUGCCGGUGACUCCAAGAACGACCCCCCUGCUGGCGCCGCCUCUUUCACCGCCCAGGUUAUCGUUCUCAACCACCCCGGUCAGGUCGGUGCCGGCUACGCCCCCGUCCUCGACUGCCACACUGCCCACAUUGCCUGCAAGUUCGCCGAGCUCCUCGAGAAGAUCGACCGCCGUACUGGUAAGGCUGUUGAGGCCUCCCCCAAGUUCAUCAAGUCUGGUGAUGCUGCCAUCGUCAAGAUGAUUCCCUCCAAGCCCAUGUGCGUUGAGGCUUUCACCGACUACCCUCCCCUCGGCCGUUUCGCCGUCCGUGACAUGCGUCAGACCGUCGCCGUCGGUGUCAUCAAGGCCGUCGACAAGUCCACCGCUGCCGCUGGCAAGGUCACCAAGUCCGCUGCCAAGGCCGCCAAGAAGUAAAUUAUUUCUUCUUGACCAAGCAAAAAACUUACGAAUCUCCUUGCGUUGCAUGAGCACUCGGUUGUUUUGGGCACAAUGAUGAGAGGCUUGGUCUGGGAUUUUACGACGGAUACAAAACCUCCUGUGCUGAGGACAAGAUAGAGGCUAGAUAAUGACUACAAAAUGAUGAUUCCCCAUGAACAAGCAACA